AUGGUGCUACACAACAUACCAAAGUUGGUGGUGAUUCGAAGUGGACGGACUUCAUAUAUUCCUGUAUCAACCUCACGAUUGUAUUCAGUGUUUGUUCUCAAGAAAAGGCUGUUAUUCAAACGAGGACAAGAUUUUCGAAGCAGAAGAUACUUUGCUAAAUUCAUGUUACAACAGGCAUUGAAGCUGCGUUAUUGGGUUGCAGCAGGAGUUUUCGGUAGUUCGGUUGCAGUUAAUAAUAAGUAUGAAGAGUGGAAAAAACGUUUACCAGAUUUCUCAUUAUCUGAGUGGCUCAAAGUUGAUGAAACUCUUGUCGAUGAAUACAGGCGUUAUUAUUGUGAAGCUAAAGCAAAAUGGUUGAUCAACGAACAGAAAUGGCUGAAAAGCUUGCAAACUAAAAUGGCUACGUGGCAGAAUAUGUGGAAAUUCGAACCAUUUGAAGGUCGGACUUUGUUGUGCACUUCGGGCAAGUUUUACUACGGAGCACCCUUGAAAUUGAAAGCAGGAUCAAAACUUUAUGUUGCAUUUCCAGAUAAUUUUUUUUCAGAUGAAGGAGUUAAUCAAGAACCACAAGAUGGACAAUUUUUUUCGGGAUUUGAUUUCAUGGCGCAAAAUGAAGUGAAACAACACUUUGCGAAAAAUGAUGAACCUAAAACUCUAUUUUCGUCCUUGUCAGAAACAUUCAGACGAAAACAGAAUACGCCAGAAUACAAAGAAAGUGAAUACUUGAAAAUGAAUGAGACAGAACGGAUCCAGCGAUUACAGGAGGAGAUACUGAAAACUCAGAGUCAAUAUCAGCGAGAACUAGAACGAUUGGAAAAAGAAAACAAAAAUUUAAAACAAACGCUGUUGCUCAAAGAUCAAGAUGCUUCAAAAAAAUUAAAGAAAAUAAAAAGAUCUUUGAUCGAUAUGUAUUCGGAAGCUCUAGAUUUACUCUCGGAGUAUGAUUCAUCUUACAACACGGUUGAUAAUCUACCACGUGUGGUUGUUGUUGGGGAUCAGAGUGCUGGCAAGACAUCAGUCUUAGAAAUGAUUGCUCAAGCGCGAAUAUUCCCUCGUGGUUCGGGUGAAAUGAUGACGAGGGCUCCGGUAAAGGUAACUUUGAGUGAAGGGCCGUAUCAUAUAGCAUGUUUCAAAGAUAGCAUUCGAGAAUUUGAUCUGACAAAGGAAUCUGAACUGAAGCAACUUAGAAAUGAAAUUGAAAUAAGAAUGAGAAAUUCAGUUGCUGCUGGUAAAACGGUGUCAAAUGAAGUAAUUGCUUUAACAGUAAAAGGUCCAUCUCUUCCUCGAAUGGUUCUCGUUGAUUUGCCAGGAAUUAUCUCAACUGUAACAAUUGAUAUGGCUAGUGAAACAAAAGAUGACAUCACAAAGAUGUGUAAAACAUAUAUGGAAAAUCCAAACGCUAUCAUUCUCUGCAUACAAGAUGGCUCUGUUGAUGCUGAACGCAGUAAUGUAACCGAUCUUGUAAGCAGUAUUGAUCCAUUUGGUCAAAGAACUAUUUUGGUCUUAACCAAAGUUGAUUUGGCGGAAAAAAAUUUCGCAAAUCCUGAUAGAAUUAAGAAGAUUUUGGAAGGGAAACUCUUCCCCAUGAAAGCUCUUGGUUAUUAUGCAGUUGUCACAGGUAAAGGCUCAAGCACUGAAAGUAUUGAUUCAAUAGUGAAAUACGAGGAAGAUUUCUUCGCUGGUUCUAAACUUUUCAAGGAUGGAGUUUUGAAGCCUUCACAAGUGACGACAAAAAAUAUGUCAUUAGCUGUAUCUGAAUGCUUCUGGAGAAUGGUGAAAGACUCGAUCGAGUCUCAGGCCGAUGCAUUCCGUGCAACACGUUUCAACCUCGAAACAGAAUGGAAAAAUAAAUUUCCUCUAAUUCGGGAGUUGGAUCGAAACGAGUUAUUUGAAAAAGCUAAGGGUGAAAUAUUAGAUGAAAUAGUCAACUUGUCUCUUAUUCCUGCAGAGCAGUGGGAAGAGAGUUUGAAAAAAAAGCUCUGGAAUGUGGUAUCAACUCAUGUUUUUGACCACAUUUUGUUGCCAGCUUGUGCUGUUGAUAAUGCUGGUGCUUUUAAUACCUUGGUUGACAUCAAAAUGAAACACUGGGCUGAUAAAGACUUAGCAAACAAAUCAAUUCAGACUGGAUGGGAAGCAUUGUCUGAACUAUUCAAAAAGCAAAUGGAAAAUGAUUCAGCUCAAUUGAAAAAUGAUGAUGUUCAAAUAUUUAUUGGCUUGAAAAAAGCAGUUCUUGAAGCGGCACUCUCUGAGCAUAAAUGGGAUGACAAAGCAAUGGACUAUUUGGUACCCAGAGUUAUUCAGUUAAACGCAAUGGAAGACCGCUUAGUACCAGACCGUCGAUCUUGGGAUAACGCCAUCAACUUCAUGAUAUUGGCCGUUAAUGAGCGUUUAAAUGAGACACACAAACUAAUUGACGAAUGCUGCGGUCCAUCGUUCUGGACACGCUGGAUUUAUUGGAAAUCACCAACUGCUGAAAACAGUUUGAAUGCUGAAAUCCAAAAGGAAUUAAAAAAUAUAUUAGCGCAAAAUCCUGAUCAUCCUCAGUCAUUACUUGACGAUGACGUAACUGUUGUGAAAAGGAAUUUGGAAACCAAAAAUUUGAAAAAGUUGAAUUACGAAUUGAUUCGAAAACAGUGGAAAUUGAUAUUCAAAGAACACUUCCUUAAACGACAGUAUCAGACGGCAGUAGAAUGUCAAGGAUUCUAUCCACAUUAUAAACGUGGCUACAAUGAUACCGAAGUAGACUGUCAAGCAGUUGUACUCUUUUAUCGUAUACAGAAAAUGAUUGAAUUGACAUGUAAUGCAUUACGUCAGCAAAUUACUAAUACUGAACAAAGAAGACUUGAAAAGGAAAUCAAGGAUGUUUUAGAUGAAUGGGCUCAUGACAGGAAUAAGAAAAAAGAAUAUUUAACUGGUCGACGAGUCGAAUUAGCUGAAGAAUUAAGUAAGGAAAUCAGUAUUUGUGAAGAACUUGGUCUUGUAAUGAAUAAAAAACAAAUUAGGCACAUUAUUUGGUGCUCACAUCAACAAGUUCGAUAUAUUCAGGAAAAGUUGGAGGAAUUCAUGGUACAGUUGCAGCAGGAGAAGUCUUAUUAA